CUGGGGACUUCGAGGCCGAGACCAGAGUUGAUUCUGAGCGAAACAAGUCGUUUGGAGCCUGAGGUCGCAGCCAGGGCGGCCGGGCGCGCCCAGCCCCGGCCCCCGGAGCGCCCGCCGCGGUCCCCACCUCCAUGGACGCCUUUAAGGGGGGCAUGAGCCUGGAGCGGCUGCCGGAGGGGCUCCGGCCACCGCCGCCGCCGCCCCAUGACAUGGGGCCCGCCUUCCACCUGGCCGGCGCGGCAGACCCCCGCGAGCCGCUCGAGAACUCGGCCAGUGAGUCGUCUGACACGGAGCUGCCAGAGAAGGAGCGCGGCGGGGAACCCAAGGGGCCGGAGGACAGUGGCACGGGCGGCGCGGGCUGCGGCGGCGCGGAGGACCCAGCCAAGAAGAAGAAGCAGCGGCGGCAACGCACGCACUUCACAAGCCAGCAGUUGCAAGAGCUGGAGGCCACGUUCCAGAGGAACCGCUACCCCGACAUGAGCAUGAGGGAGGAGAUCGCCGUGUGGACCAACCUCACCGAGCCGCGCGUGCGGGUCUGGUUCAAGAACCGGCGAGCCAAGUGGCGGAAGCGCGAGCGUAACCAGCAGCUGGACCUGUGCAAGGGCGGCUACGUGCCGCAGUUCAGCGGCCUGGUGCAGCCCUACGAGGACGUGUACGCCGCCGGCUACUCCUACAACAACUGGGCGGCCAAGAGCCUGGCUCCGGCGCCGCUCUCCACCAAGAGCUUCACCUUCUUCAACUCCAUGAGCCCGCUGUCGUCGCAGUCCAUGUUCUCGGCGCCCAGCUCCAUCUCCUCCAUGACCAUGCCGUCCAGCAUGGGCCCGGGCGCCGUGCCCGGCAUGCCCAACUCGGGCCUCAACAACAUCAACAACCUCACCGGCUCCUCGCUUAACUCGGCCAUGUCCCCGGGCGCCUGCCCGUACGGCACCCCCGCCUCGCCCUACAGCGUCUACCGGGACACGUGCAACUCGAGCCUCGCCAGCCUGCGGCUCAAGUCCAAGCAGCACUCGUCGUUCGGCUACGGCGGCCUGCAGGGCCCGGCCUCGGGGCUCAACGCGUGCCAGUACAACAGCUGACCGCCCCGCCGCGCCGCGGGGGCCGGCGGCCGCGGGGGACGCGCGCGGGGCCACAGCUCACGCGCCACGGCGCGGCCGCCGCCUCCCACUCCCGCCUCCGGGCUGGUUUUGUGUUUGCUUUUCCGGACCCCACGUAGCCCUCCAAAA